UCCAAGUUCCUGUCAACUCGAAAUGGACGAUCGAUCCAUCGGUCGCUCCCAACCUGACGAUCAUGAGGGGCUUCUCCGACAGCUUUGCCACCCGCCUUCGCACCCGCCAUCGUUCUACUUGUCGAUCUGGAAGCCCGACUUCAAGGACGUCGAAUGCAGCUCUUCCACCACCGUUGCCAGUUUCUGGCAAGCCUUCCCAGACGCGACCCUCGCAUUUGGCGACGAUGGAAACUUAGUCCUGAGCCAGGAAUGGCUAGGGAGUCUGGCAGAGCUUCGACCACCCCACGGACUCGCUGUUCGUCAACGAGAUACUAAAGCUUGUCUCCAGCGCCUCUCCCACAAACGAAAGCCAUGGAAGCUUUUAUCUCGAGCUCCAGCCUCACGCUCUCGUUGGCUUCGCCCGUUCCCCUGGAACGGCACAAACUUAUCUGGGAUCUGGGGAGCUAUCUGGUGCUCGACGGCUGCCAUCUCUCCGCAUAUAACAAGCUAGACGACCUGCUAGGAUUCCAGAACUUGAUCUCAUCGACAUUCUGCUUCCCGGAGAGUAUAGAGUUAUCCGGCAAGGGAGCUGUGCUUGCCUCGACUUUGAUCCAUCCACGCUCAAGCUGGAGUCAGUGAUCGAUGGGAAAGUCCCCGAGGAAAUCUCGUCCGUGGAGGAUCAAUGCACUGCUAGACGCGACACUCACCAGAUCCUGGAAGCCCCCGGCUACGUCUGCCGCGCCAAUUCAUGCAAGGAUUUCGGCCAGUGACUGCAAGAAAUCAUGCCUCUCGGAUUGGCGCCCUCUACACCAUCCCCUGCGCCCUCGGCGAUGCCCGCUAGAACCCUAGCCCUCCAACGCCCGGAUCGUUGACACGGCGAUCGGCGCAUAUUCUCGCCGAUCAAGA